UUAACCUUUCCAAAGGUAUAAAGUCAGGCCCACAUAGACACAUAACAAAACACGAGACCUAAAGUGUCCCACUAAAAACAGUGUCGCAGACUUUCACCAUACAUAUUGGCGUAUCCAUAGCAACCGAUGUAACUAAAUUGGCAGCAAUGGCGACGCCAAGAGAGCAGGAGGCUGCAGAUUUUCUUAGAAAACAUAAAAUCAUUGAACUCAUGGAUAAUUUAACAAGUAUGCUGCUCUUUCACAGACCAGGGAGGCCACGAGAGUUCCUGAUCACACAGCUAGAACAGUUAAGACUGUCCAAAAUGAGGUCACUGGGAUGCCCAAGCCUGUUUAAUGACACAAACCUGGAUGCCGUUUUUGGAAUCUUGGACCCUAUCAAGCAAGGGCACAUAACUUAUGUUCAGUAUAAAGAAGCAUUAACCACUCUGGGGAUAGAGAAGUUUAAUGAGUGUCCGGAGGGGAUGGAAAAGGACAAGAUAUCUCAGGAAACUUUUAGGAGGGAGGCGAAUGAAGGCUUACAGAGAAGCUCUGCAACAUUUAUGUCUUAAUAAAACGUGAGCUUUUUUCUUACUUUUUAUUUCUCUCGUGAUGUUUAUCAUUUGUAAUAUCUACAUACAUAUAUUUUUAAAUGUUAUUGUCUUUUUUGCCUGUCUUUUUUUCCCUUUUGGCAAUACUUUACUUGGCAUCAGUUAAUGUUUAUCAGAGUAAAUAGAUAUUUAGAUUGGUAUGCCCAUGAUGGCUAUGUUAACUCUGUAGUAAAUAAAAAAUUAUGGUCAAAUCAAAUACUGUUUGGCUGAUUUGUCCAUUCUGUUUGGAGGGACCCCGUUUGAUUACUUUCUGAAAAGC